GAAAUGCAAGAUAAAGAUCAGUGUAAGAAAUACAAGGAUUCCAUAACUGGACAAACAUCAUUUAGUUGCUCAUCUAAAAGAGCUCAAAAGACUGAAACGAGAAGUCAUUUCACCUGCCAACAGUGUGGAAAGAGUUUCAAUCUACAAGGAAACCUUAAAGUCCACAUGAGGAUUCAUACCGGUGAGAAGCCUUUUACCUGCCAGCAGUGUGGAAAUAGUUUCAGUCAAAAAGCAAGCCUUAAAAGCCACAUGAAAGUUCACACUGGAGAGAAACCUUAUACAUGCCCUCAAUGUGGAAAGAGUUUUACACAUAAACAUGCUUUUAAUGCCCACAUGAAAAUUCACACUGGAGAAAAGCCUUUCAUCUGCCAACAGUGUGGAAAAUGUUUCAGUCAAAAAGCAAGCCUUAAAAGCCACAUGAGAGUUCACACUGGAGAGAAACCUUAUACAUGCCCUCAAUGUGGAAAUAGUUUUCCACAUAAACAUACUUUUAUUGCCCACAUGAAAAUUCACACUGGAGAAAAGCCUUUCAUCUGCCAACAGUGUGGAAAAUGUUUCACUCACAAAGGAAACCUCAAAAAUCACAUGAAUGUCCACACUGGCGAGAAGCCUUACACAUGCUGUCAGUGUGGAAAAAGUUUUACUCAACGAGGAUGCAUUAACAAGCACAUGAUGAUUCACACUGGAGAGAAGCCUUUCACCUGCCAACAGUGUGGAAGAAGUUUCAAUCAAAAAGGACACUUUAAAUACCACAUGAGAAUUCAUACCAGAGAGAAGCAUUAAACCUGCAUCUGGAAAAGAUAAAUGUAAAAAAAGCUUCACAACAAAACCAAACCUUAGGUAUCACAUGAACAGAAGCCAUUUACAUGCAAUCAGUAUGAAAAGAGCUUCAGAUAUAAAGUAACAGGCUUCACAAUGGAGAGAGACCUUUCACCUGCAAAAUGUUUCACACAUCAAAAAGACUUUAAACAUCAUUUGCAAACUCAUUCUGGAAAAACAUUGCCGUUCUUCUCAGUGUUACAAGAGGUUUACAAAAAGGAGCUAUUUCAGAAAUGACAGUGCUAGAAGAGAGAUGUGGCCACAAUCAGAUGGCAAAAGCAGGUCAUUUGUAACUUUAAUAAGCAGUUUUUGUGCAAUGGUGGGCAUUAAAUGUUGACUGUAAUUCUUCAAAAAUUACUACAGUUUCUCUGCAAAAUUAAAAAAAAAAAAAAAAUUAUAGACUAUUUAAUAUAGGUCUAAUUAAGUCUAAGGUGUCCCCAGAAUGUGUCUGAGAAAUUUUAGCUCAAAAUAAUUCGUAGUAAUUAUUAUUAUUUCAUGCUGUAAACACCUUUCUUGGGUGGAAGCAAAAACACAAAAUCGCAGGCCCCGAUUGCCUUCCCCCCUGUUAUUAAUUAAGGUCUUAAAAAAGUCUUAAAGUCUUUUAAUUUGGUCGGCACUCGUGGGCAGCGCGUCGACGUGGAGCUCCUUUGAGCUUCGGGCGUCCCGUGUUCGAGUCCCGGCUUGCGGACCUUUCCCAAUCCCGUCCCCUCUCUCUCUCUCCAACUCUGCUUCCUGUCUAACUACUUGUCCUAUCAAAUAAAAGGCAAAAAUAAAUCUUUCAUUUGAUUUCAAAAGUCCUGCCCCUGAUAAUGUCCCUGAUAAUGUUGCUUAUGUCUGUGAAUGUGAAGAGCUGGGGAAGAAAUCACGUGUGCGCCAGUAUUUUAGAUCUGUGAAACAGAGUCUUUUGGUCAUGGUGACAACGCACUACUAAUGCAACUCAACCAGGCCCUGGACAGGGAUAUUGUGGACGUGUACGUUCCCAGAAGAAAAUUCAGGACUACAAUCGAGACAGUUGAGGGAGUUCAGAAACAGUGCUUACUAAAAUAAAGAAUAAGUUGUUUUGGAGUGAUUUCUGCUUUAUAAGUUCUGUGAUCUUUUUCAUGCUUAAACAGUAACAUUACACACUAAAGAACGUUGAAAGUGUAAAAAGCAUAAAAGCCCCCAUUAAACAUAAAUGGUG